GAUCCGUCGCCGCGUUCAGAGUGGGUGUCAUGGCGGCCGGCGUCGAGUUGGCAGGAGUUACCCUCGGAACUGGGGAAAGUCACUAAAGCAGGGGAAGAAGUGGCCCAACCUGGACGUUGGGAAGUCGUGGGAAUGAGCAGAGGCCUCGCGGGGUUGACAGUGGCACUGGAGGCGGGCCCCUAGUAAUGUCCCAGGUCAGGCCUCUGCGUUUCUAGGCAGAGUCCGGCGGUUGGUGGGAGCCCCCCGAAGCCGGCGUUGCCUAGGAACCCCAUUGUGUUACCCAAUCUUGAGUGUUUUGAUUUGGACUGGUUCCGUGAAGGCAGCGGUUCGAGGACCUUUGGCGGGAUCGUCCGACGACGCUGGACGAUUUUCUCGGAGCGGACCAUAUCGUUCUCUAAACCGCAGCGAUGUCGUCCUGGCUUGGGGGCCUCGGCUCCGGCUUGGGCCAGUCUCUCGGUCAAGUCGGAGGCAGCCUGGCUUCCCUCACUGACCAGAUUUCAAACUUUACAAAGGAUAUGCUGAUGGAGGGCACGGAGGAAGUGGAAGCAGAAUUACCUAAUUCUAGAAGAAAGGAAAUUGAAGCCAUUCAUACAAUCUUAAGAUCAGAGAAUGAGAGACUCAAAAAACUUUGUACUGAUUUAGAAGAGAAGCAUGAAGCGUCAGAGCUUCAAAUAAAGCAGCAAUCUACAAGUUAUCGAAAUCAACUACAACAGAAGGAGGUAGAAAUCAGCCAUCUUAAAGCAAGACAGAUCGCACUGCAGGAUCAGCUGCUGAAGCUGCAGUCAGCUGCUCAGUCCACACAUUCAGGAGCUGGUGGCGUACCAGCAGCCCCUGCAUCCUCUCCCUUCGGCUGUCGGGUCAGUCACCCUGCUUCAGCUUUCCACGACGAUGACAUGGACUUUGGUGACAUAAUUUCGUCACAACAAGAAAUAAACAGGUUGUCAAAUGAAGUUGCAAGACUUGAAUCUGAAGUUGGUCAUUGGAGGCAUAUUGCUCAGACUUCUAAAGCACAAGGAUCAAAUAACUCUGAUCAAAGCGAAAUCUGCAAACUGCAAAGUAUCAUUAAGGAACUCAAACAGACUCGAAGUCAGGAAAUCGAUGACCAUCAACAUGAAAUGUCAGUUUUACAAAAUGCAUACCAACAGAAAUUGACAGAAAUAAGUCGUCGUCAUCGAGAAGAAUUAAGUGACUAUGAAGAACGAAUUGAAGAACUGGAAAACUUGUUACAACAAGGUGGCUCAGGGAUUGUAAUAACUCAUCACUCAAAAAUCCAUGAUAUGCAAAAAACUAUACAGGAUCUACAAAAUGAAAAAGUAGCAUCUAUAAAAAGAAUUGAAGAACUUGAGGAUAAAAUAAAAGACAUAAAUAAAAAAUUAUCUUCUACAGAAAAUGACAGGGAGCUUUUGAGGAAGGAACAAGAACGCCUAAAUGUUGAAAACAGACAAAUAACAGAAGAAUGUGAAAGCUGGAAACUGGAAUGUAGGAAAUUGCAGCCCGAAGCUGUGAAGCAAAGUGAUACUGUGAUAGAAAAAGAACGAAUCCUUCCACAGAGUACAUCGGUGGGAGAGGGAGUGCUCAAACUGCAGCGAGCACUGUCUGAUGCUGAAAAUGAAAUUUUGAGACUGAGUAAUUUAAACCAGGAUAACAGUCUCACUGAAGACAAUUUGAAACUUAAAAUGCAUGUUGAAACUUUAGAAAAACAGAAGUCCUUAUUGAGUCAAGAAAAGGAAGAGCUUCAGCUAUCACUUUUAAAAUUGAACAGUGAGUAUGAAGUAAUUAAAAGUACAGCUGCGAGAGAGAUGGAUUUGAAGUCAACAUUACACGACUUAAGACUGACUUUGGAGGCAAAGGAGCAGGAACUUAAUCAGAGUCUCACUGAGAAGGAAAUACUUGUAGCUGAGUUAGAGGAAUUGGACAGACAGAACCAAGAAGCUACAAAGCACAUGAUUCUGAUAAAAGAUCAGCUAUCAAAGCAACAAAUUGAGGGAGACAGCAUCAUUAGUAAACUGAGAAAAGAUCUAAAUGAUGAAAACAGGAGAGUCCAUCAACUUGAAGAUGAUAAAAUUAACAUGACUAAAGAGCUAGCCGUGCAGAAGGAGAAGUUAGUUCAAAGUGAACUCGUCCUAAAUGAUUUGCAUUUAGCCAAGCAGAAGCUUGAGGAAAAAGUAGAAGAUUUAGUAGAUCAGCUAAAUAAAUCACAAAAAAGUAAUUUAAACAUGCAGAAGGAGAACUGUGGACUUAAGGAACAUAUUAAACAAAAUGAGGAAGAGCUUUCUAGAGUCAGGGAUGAGUUAACUCAGUCUCUAAAUCGCGACUCUGGCAGUGAUUUUAAGGAUGACUUACUUAAAGAAAGGGAAGCCGAAGUCAGAAAUUUAAAGCAAAAUCUUUCAGAAAUAAAAAAGCUCAAUGACAGUUUAAACAAAGUUGCUUUUGAUCUCAAAAUGGAAAAUGAAAAGUUGGUUUUAGCAUGUGAGGAUGUAAGACAUCAGUUGGAAGAAUCCAUUGCUGGUAGCAAUCAGAUUUCUCUGGAAAGAAACACUAUUGUGGAGGCUCUAAAAAUGGAAAAAGGACAGUUAGAAGCAGAAUUGAGUCGGGCUGAACAGAGGCUGUUGGAAGAAGCCAGUAAGUAUGAGCAGACGAUUAAAGAACUGUCAAAGGCACGUGAUUUGAGCACCUCUGCUUUACAGCUGGAACAGCAGUGUUUAAUGAAACUCAGUCAAGAGAAAGACUUUGAAAUAGCAGAACUCAAAAAGAACAUUGAGCAAAUGGAUACUCAUCAUCAAGAAACCAAGGAAAUUUUGUCAUCUAGUUUAGAAGAGCAGAAGCACUUAACACAACUUAUAAGUGAGAAGGAAAUUUUUAUUGAAAAACUUAAAGAAAGAAGUUCAGAGCUUCAGGAGGAAUUGGAUAAAUAUACUGAGGCCUUAAGAAAAAAUGAAAUUUUGAAGCAAACCAUGGAGGAAAAAGACAGAAGUCUUGGGUCCAUGAAAGAAGAAAACAAUCAUCUAAAAGAAGAACUGGAACGGCUCCGGGAGCAGCAGAGUCGAGCUGCACCUGUGGUGGAGCCUAAACCCCUUGACAAUGUUACUGAGCUAGAGUCUGAGGUGUUGCAACUGAAUAUUAUAAAGGGGAAUCUUGAGGAGGAAAUAAAACAUCAUCAGAAGAUUAUUGAAGAUCAAAACCAGAGUAAAAUGCAGCUGCUUCAGUCUUUAGAGGAACAGAAGAAGGAAAUGGAUGAGUUUAAGUGCCAGCAUGAGCAAAUGAAUGUCACCCACACCCGACUCUUCUUAGAGAAAGAUGAGGAGAUUAAGAAUUUGCAAAAAACAGUUGAACAAAUCAAAACCCAGUUGCAUGAAGAAAGACAGGGCGUUCAAACGGAGAAUUGUGAGAUCUUUCAAGAAACGAAAGUACAGAGCCUUAACAUAGAAAAUGGCAGUGAAAAACAUGAUUUAUCUAAAGCCGAAACUGAGAGAUUAGUAAAAGGAAUAAAAGAACGAGAAUUGGAGAUUAAACUUCUGAAUGAAAAGAAUAUAUCUUUAACAAAACAGAUUGAUCAGCUGUCCAAAGAUGAGGUUGGUAAACUCACUCAGAUCAUCCAGCAGAAAGACUUGGAGAUACAAGCUCUUCACGCUAGAAUUUCUUCAGCUUCCUACUCCCAGGAUGUUGUCUACCUUCAGCAGCAGCUGCAGGCCUACGCUAUGGAGAGAGAACAGGUGUUAGCUGUUUUGAGUGAGAAGACUAGGGAAAAUAGCCACCUGAAAACGGAAUACCACAAAAUGAUGGAUAUCGUUGCUGCCAAAGAGGCAGCUCUCGUGAAGCUGCAAGAUGAAAAUAAAAAAUUGUCCACUAGAUCUGAAGGUGGUGGCCAAGAUAUGUUUAGAGAAACUGUUCAGAAUUUAUCACGUAUCAUUCGAGAAAAAGACAUUGAGAUAGAUGCAUUAAGUCAGAAAUGCCAGACCUUAUUGACGGUUUUACAAACAUCCAGCACUGGGAAUGAGGUUGGAGGUGUUAACAGCAAUCAGUUUGAGGAGCUUCUACAGGAACGCGACAAAUUAAAACAACAAGUGAAGAAGAUGGAAGAGUGGAAACAGCAGGUGAUGACCACGGUCCAGAAUAUGCAGCAUGAGUCUGCCCAGCUUCAGGAGGAACUCCAUCAGCUUCAGGCACAAGUUUUGGUUGACAGUGAUAAUAAUUCUAAAUUACAAGUGGACUACACUGGCCUGAUCCAAAGUUAUGAGCAGAAUGAAACCAAACUCAAAAGUUUUGGGCAGGAGCUAGCACAGGUUCAGCACAGCAUAGGGCAGCUGUGCAGUACCAAAGAUCUUCUUUUAGGAAAACUUGAUAUUAUUUCACCUCAACUCUCCUCCGGAUCAUCGCCUCCUUCCCAGCCAGCAGAGUCUCUUGGAACAGUUAAGCCUGAUACAUCAAGCGAGUCUUCUAAACAGGAGCUGGAAGAGCUAAGAAAGUCACUGCAGGAAAAAGAUGCAACAAUUAAAACGCUCCAGGAAAAUAAUCACAGGUUGUCUGAUUCGAUUGCUGCCACCUCAGAGCUAGAAAGAAAAGAACAGGAACAGACGGAUUCAGAAAUUAAGCAGCUAAAGGAGAAACAAGAUGUCCUACAAAAGUCACUUAAGGAGAAAGACCUCUUAAUCAAAGCCAAAAGUGAUCAGUUGCUUUCUUUAAAUGAAAAUUUCACCAACAAAGUGAAUGAAAAUGAACUUUUGAGGCAGGCAGUAACCAACCUGAAGGAGCGGAUAUUAAUUUUAGAAAUGGACAUUUUCAAACUAAAAGAAGAAAAUGAAAAAAUAGUAGAAACAACCAGGGAAAAGGAAACGGAGUAUCAAGCAUUACAGGAGACUAAUACAAAGUUUUCCAUGAUGCUUCGAGAAAAAGAGUUUGAGUGCCAUUCAAUGAAGGAAAAGGCUCUCGCGUUUGAGCAGCUACUGAAAGAAAAAGAGCAGGGCAAGACUGGGGAGUUAAAUCAGCUUUUAAAUGCAGUUAAAUCAAUGCAGGAGAAGACAGUUAAGUUUCAACAGGAGAGAGACCAGGUCAUGUUGGCCCUGAAACAGAAACAAAUGGAAAACAGUGCUUUACAGAAUGAGGUUCAACAUUUACGUGACAAAGAAUUACGCUUAAACCAGGAGCUAGAGAGAUUGCGUAACCAUCUUUUAGAAUCAGAGGAUUCUUACACCCGCGAAGCUUUGGCUGCAGAAGAUAGAGAGGCCAAACUGAGAAAGAAAGUCACAGUAUUGGAGGAAAAGCUAGUUUCAUCUUCCAAUGCAAUGGAAAAUGCAAGCCAUCAGGCCAGUUUGCAGGUAGAGUCACUGCAGGAGCAACUGAAUAUGGUCUCCAAGCAAAGGGAUGAAACCACACUGCAGCUUUCUGUCUCUCGGGAACAAGUAAAGCAGUAUGCUCUAUCACUCUCCAACCUCCAGAUGGUACUAGAGCAUUUCCAGCAAGAGGAAAAAGCUAUGUAUUCUGCUGAACUAGAAAAGUACAAACAGCUUGUAGCUGAAUGGAAGAAAAAGGCAGAGAAUCUGGAAGGAAAACUGAUGUCAUUACAGGAGCGUUUCGAUGAAGCAAAUGCUGCAUUGGAUUCAGCAUCAAGACUUACAGAACAGUUAGAUUUAAAGGAAGAACAAAUUGAAGAACUUAAAAAACAAAAUGAACUCCGACAAGAAAUGCUGGAUGAUGUACAAAAGAAAUUGAUGAACUUAGUAAACAGCACAGAAGGAAAAGUGGACAAAGUCCUAAUGAGAAACCUCUUCAUUGGACAUUUCCACACGCCAAAACAUCAGCGCCACGAGGUGCUACGAUUAAUGGGAAGCAUCCUGGGUAUCAAGAGGGAGGAAAUGGAGCAGUUGCUUCAUGAAGAUCAGGGUGGUGUUACCAGGUGGAUGACUGGGUGGCUUGGAGGAGGAUCAAAAAGUGUCCCCAACACGCCUCUGAGACCAAAUCAACAAUCUGUGCUUAAUAGUUCUUUUUCAGAACUUUUUGUUAAAUUUCUAGAAACAGAAUCUCAUCCAUCUGUUCCACCACCAAAGCUUUCUGUUCAUGAUAUGAAACCUCUGGAUUCACCAGGAAGGAGAAAAGUAGUUACAAAUGUACCAGAAAGUUUUAAAGAUACCACAGAAUCCAGAUCUGGUAGAAGAACAGAUGUGAAUCCAUUCUUGGCUCCCCGCUCUGCGGCUGUGCCUCUCAUUAACCCAGCUGGACUCGGACCUGGGGGGCCUGGGCAUCUUCUUUUGAAACCCAUCUCAGAUGUGUUGCCCACAUUUACACCUUUGCCAGUGUCACCUGACAACAGUGCUGGAGUUGUGUUGAAAGACCUUUUAAAGCAAUAGGUGAUUCUCAAGCCAGAGACAACAUACGUAGCACUUUAAAGAAACCAUAAACACUAUAUGUAUGUACUUUACCACAAAGUGGCCUUUCAGAAAAAGUCAUGUAUUUGUUUGCAGUUGUACAUUCUCUAAACUUAAUAAAAAUAUUCUUUUUGCUUUUAGAAAUUGCAGGUGUCACAGGAGGAAGUGUUUGCUGUAGUAUAUGCUUUUUUUCUUCUCUGAUUUGGCCUAAUUUAAGCUAGAAACAUUUGAUCUUUCAUCUUAAUUUACAAAAAAAAAUAUAAAGAAAGAUAAAAGUUUCUAGUAGCUAUAUAUCAGCUCUUUAUUUCUAUGAUUUUCAAGCUCAUUUAAGCUAGAGACCUGUGGUUUAUCUUUUAAAGAUAAUCAAGAGAUUUACAAAAAAGAAGGAGAAAAUAAUAGUGGCUUAUCUGUAUAGUGCAAACAAUUGAUCUGAAGCAUAUAUUGGUCAUCUUUUUUUUUUUUUUCAUUAGUCCUCUUGAGAGGACUUUGUGUAUAGACAGGCCAACAACAGGGUUGUGCCUCGGAGAUCAUAGGUGUCCGGACGUGGAAUGUGUGUGUGUUUGGUUCUAUGCAAUUUUAUCA